CAAACUUGAGCAAGAUGUCUGAGGCGGAGUGGGAAGCGGAUGACUAUGAGCCUACGUUCUCUGUUCCGGCAGUAACGAACAAAUGGGAAGGCGAGGACGAAGAUGAUGACGUCAAAGAUGCAUGGGAUGUGGAGGAAGAGGAUGAACAGAAAAAUGGAGAGCCAGAGUCAGAUGCAACAGUAAAAGCAGUUCAAGUGAAAAAGAAGAUUUCCUUAAAAGAGAAAAUAGCUCAAAAGGAGGCACAGAAGCAAAAAGAGCUAGCAGAAAAGGCAAAGGCGGCUGCAGGCCUUACACCUGAAGAGGCACUGGAGGAGAAGCUUGGGUUACAAAAGUUGCAAGAGGAUGCCGACUUUCAAAUUAGCAAAGACCUUAUAGGUGUGACGCCUGAACCUAAUGAAUCCGGAAGUUUAGACGGUUGUCAUCCUGUAUCCAGGGAAGAGUUCGACGAAUUCGAAAAGUCUUUAAAAGACAAGAUCCUAGAAUUUGAGAGGUCGGAGCACUAUAUUUAUUUUAUAGAGAAUCUAUUUCGCGACGUCUCGGCCGGAUUGGAAGCGGAUGAUCUAAAGAGACUUAGCUCUACACUUAGUGUAAUGGCAAACGAAAAGAUAAAAACUGCCAAGCCAGCGAAAUCUAAGAAGAAAAAAGGUGCAAAGUUGCACAAUAUGGCCACCGACGCAGUGAAGGAUUACAGCGAAGAAGCUCAAUAUGACAUGACGUAUGACGACUUCAUGUAAUCGGCUAUGAUUCAACACGAUGGAGAUGCCCUGAAAAAUUUUUGCAUGCAAAGACCCAUUGUAGUCGUGAUGUGCGCACAGUAGUGGAGCACUAUUGGAAGAUACAAAACACACCCGACAAUUGCCGUAUGUAUAUGCGUCGAUCGAUUAAUUUGCCGAUACGCCAAAACUUGUUCUGUGCGCAGUCCACUUUGUAGGCUAUGUUUGCAUUCGGCCCUGAUAUUGACAGUGUAAAGUUCUGCCACUGCCGGCCGAUCUAAAACUGGAACGAGUACGAUCAGUUGUCAGUGUCUAUAUCCGAGUGUGCGGAGGAAGGUCGUGAAAAAUGCAAUCUGCAGCCAUUGUCUCUUAAUCUGAACGAUGGUUGUCGGCGUUAUCUAAUUGCCUGCACAACGGUAACUCGUUGGGAUCUUCAUUUAAGAUUGCAAUCUCCCGCACCAACUUUUAGUCGGGCGAGUCAAGGCUCUGUGUUGGCAGUGAGCGUUAUGAGGCCGUCGUGUGGCUAGCUAA